GACACAGAGUUCUGGGAUAAGAUGCAGGCAGAGUGGGAGGAGCUUGCUCGGAGGAACUGGUUGGAAGAGUCAGAGAGUCAGACCCAGGUCCCGCCCACUGUCUCACCUGUGGAGCAGGGUUCUAACUUCAGUCCCAAGAACCCGUACAGGGACCGGUCCGGUGUCUUCACUGAGGCUCAGCAGAAAGCUCGUCAGGGAGACCUGAACACCGCUGUCUUGCUGCUGGAGGCCGCCAUUUUACAGGACCCACAGGAUGCUGAGGCCUGGCAGCUGCUGGGAACGACUCAGGCUGAGAAUGAGAACGAAGAAGCUGCCAUCAUGUCUCUGCAGAGGUGCCUGGAGCUCCGUCCCAACAACCUGCCAGCCCUCAUGGCGCUCGCCGUUAGCUACACUAACAGCGGUGAGCAGCGUGAGGCCUGCGCCGCUCUGCACCACUGGAUCAGUCACAACCUGAGGUACAAACAUCUGGUCCAGAGGAGCAGGAGUUCCCCAGCCACGCCCCGCAGAGGCCACCUGUGCUCCACGUCAGCCAGUACAGAGCUGCAGGACAUCCUGCUGCUGUUCCAGGAAGCUGCUCUGCUGAAUGUGGACUGUGUGGAUCCAGACCUACAGACUGGACUGGGAGUCCUCUACAACUUGAGCUCAGACUUUGAUAAGGCGGUGGAGGCUUUCAGUGCCGCUCUGUCUGUAAGACCGCAGGACUACCUGCUGUGGAACCGUCUGGGAGCAACGCUGGCUAACGGGGACCGCAGUGAGGAGGCGGUGGAGGCGUAUACACGAGCGCUAGAUCUACAGCCCGGGUUCAUCCGGUCCAGAUACAACCUGGGAAUCAGCUGCAUCAACCUGGGAGCACACAGACUCCUGAUCCAGAACUCCUGAUCCAGAACUCCUGAUCCAGGACUUCUGAUCCAGAACUCCUGGUCUUGGACUCCUGAUCCAUAACUCCUGGUCCUGGACUCCUGAUCCAGGACUUCUGAUCCAGAACUCCUGAUCCAGGACUCCUGGUCCUGGACUCCUGAUCCAGAACUCCUGGUCCUGGACUCCUGAUCCAGAACUCCUGGUCCUGGACUCCUGAUGCAGGACUCCUGAUCCAGGACUUCUGAUCCAGAACUCCUGAUCCAGGACUCCUGGUCCUGGACUCCUGAUCCAGAACUCCUGGUCCUGGACUCCUGAUCCAGAACUCCUGGUCCAGGACUUCUGAUCCAGAACUCCUGGUCCAGAACUCCUGGUCCAGUCAUCAUUUGUUUUGUUGUCCCUCCACAGAUCCAGACUUCCCUGGACUCUGGUUAAGGAUUCUGGAUCAGCAGUUCUUUCAGAGUUCUUUGGUUCUGUUCGUCUUCAUGUUGAAGAAGCGGUUCUUGUAAGAACCUCCAGUUUCAGGGUUUCCAUAUCAGGAUUUGAUCAAACGGAUCCAGGUUCUAAAUCAAACCGGUUCCACUGAGUCAGUAUAUAUUAAAUAAAACCUGGUUCCAGUCCUGGUCCAGUAGAACCUCCUGUAGCAGCAGAACUCUUUCCAGUGKUGCUUCAGUUCAGCUCUCUGAAGGUCCAGCACAGGUUCAGGUUCUGGACUCUGACUGGACCCGUUCUGUUGUAGAUCAUGGACUGUAAAGGACCUUUGACCCCUCUCAGACUGAAGCAGUGUCUCAGAUCAUUGCUGAUUCUACUCUGGUAUUUAUUUAUUUAUUAUUGUAUUUACCCAUAURUAUGUAUUUAUUAAAAACAUUAGAUAUAAAACUAAUAUAUUUAACACUAAAUGACUGCAACAAAGAAAAUAUUAAAAACAAAGCACAUUUACAGAUUCUUACAGUUCUUAAAUAUUAAAUAAUUAAAAGUAAACUUCUCCAAUUAAACUGACAUAAUCUAUAAACUGAUUUAUUCACCAGUUAUUACAACCAGAGCUGCUUUUUAUUACACACAUUUAUAUAAAUGUAGAUGUUUGUCAGGCAGCAGAAAUGAAUUCUAUUAUUCUUCAUGUAAAUGUGUUUAAACCAGUUCAAAUAAAAUCAUAACCUUUAUCUAGUUUUAUUAUUUUCCUUCAGGUGAAGGAAGGACGUUACUGUGUGAUCUCAAAAUAUCUUCCAGAGAAAGUUCUCUGUUCUGAGGGUGAAAUGUUACCUGAACGCAUCAUAUCAGACCCUGAACGCAUCGUAUCAGACCCUGAACGCAUCGUAUCAGACCUGAACUCAUUGUAUCUGACCCUGAAUGCAUCGUAUCAUGAACGCAUCUUAUCUAACCCUGAACACAUCAUAUCAGGCCCUGAAUGCAUCAUAUCAGACUUGAACGCAUCUUAUCUGACCCUGAAUGCAUCAUGUUAAGAAAAGCCAGAAAAUAUAAAACAAUUAAUUUUUAGAUAAUGAAUUUUUUUUUUCUUUAAUGUUGGCGACUGAAGGUUGAAAAGCGGCUCCCCCUGCUGGAGCGCUGAGGUGAGACCUCCAGCUGCACAAACAGUAGAAGAAAUCACCUCCACACCAGAACCAGUUUCUGCCAGCAGGGGGCGUCAUUCAGCGUUCAGGCCUGUGAUUGGUUCAUUCAGAUGUAAGCUGAAACCUCUCGUUCUGUUUUAUUGUGAAAGUCCCGKAUAUUUCUUCUCUUCCUUGUCACUGACUCAAACUUUGUUUGCAUCAGGAAGGACUCAAAGCUCAGAGGUUAAAAAUUGACUCAGGGAAAUGUUUUUAACAUUAAGUUUUUAUUUCCUGUCAAACAGAACAGAACCGUUUCUGUCAUCAGGUCUUUUGGUUCUGACUCGGUUCUUCUGUCAGAUGAAAGAAAAUGAUCUGAUUGGUCGAUUUCCUGUUUUCAUGCUUCUGCUGUAAAUUGACGAUAAUCACAUGGAAAUAAACAGCUGAAACACA